AUGCCGGAAGAGGUUUUGCGCGUACCGGUCUAUUUAGAACUCGCCAGGCACAACUCCGUGCAAGUCAACAUGCUCGUCGAAGUUGUACUGGCUAUGUCGGCGGACGGCAAAUUCGUUCAAGCGACGGCGACGUGCGACGAAGUCAACCCUCCCUUUCCACGCGUCGGAGUGUCACGCCACCUCUCGCUGACGACCGACGCUUCUAUCUACGUGCCCAGCAACAUCAUGUACGCGCCCGUAUAUGUGGUAGUGCGCAGAAUUCGCGGGCUUAUCCUGCAGACACGGAUUGCUAUUCAGCUCACGUUCAUCGAGUGGUUGCCUGGCGAUAGGUCGACCUUCGAGGUCAUAGCUGAUAUCAAGCUGCUGACCGAGGGCGUGAUGGCUGCGACUCGGUGCUUCGGUCGCUCUCCCCUGCACCCUGACAAUUUCCCAUCUGAACUCCUGCGUCACAUCGUGCAAUCUUGCGGCAUUGUCGCCUUACUAGCACUGCGGAAGACCAACCGCGAUCUAUACGCGCACGUGCACGACGUCCUCCGCCUUGAUCGCCGCAAGCUGCUCCUUCACUACGUGCCCAACCCCGAGCUGCUGUGGGAAAGUAUGGACGAGACGAACGCGGUCGUCGGAGGGAGAAGCGCUCUGCUGUUUCUUCUACGAACUCAAGACGGGUUACCGGCUACGCUGGACAUCUAUGUCUCUUCUCUCCAUGGGGACAGACUGGUGCAGCUGCUGGAAGAAGACCUCGACCUUCACUUGACUUCGGUCGAGGAGACGUGGGACAGGCUGCAACGCAACGUCGCGAAGGCGUCUACAUUUACCGUAUCCGCCGACCGUUUUAUCACCGUGCACACAUCAAAAUCCAUAUCCCCCUUUGACCCCAUAGCCAUGUCACCUCUCACCGCGCUCAUCAACUGGGUCUCGCCCCACGCCUUCGCAUGCGGGUAUCCAACGCUCACAUUGAGACGGCGCACGCUCGCUCCCCCCCUUCGUCGUCGCGACUGGGCCCUCCGCGCGUAUUAUCGACAGCUGGACAACCUUCAGUUCGACAUAGCAUCGGAGCCUACGUCAUGGGAUGACUACGCCGCAAAGGUACCUCAACCCCCGAACCCAGCCUGGCGUGCGUGCCUACGACAGUGGUUCGUCUGCCCAUCUCAAGGUCGCUUUUUCGGAGACGCGGGAUCUGUCCUUACGAUGUUCGAUCUUGUCAACGCGAACCACUCGUAUAUGAAGCAGCGACACCAAGCUCCUUACGGUGUCACAGUAGCCUGGCGUAUCCUAACAUCCCACCGACCCUGUGAUGGACCAUGCAGCAUGCUCGACCCCAUCGUUCCGGAAUCUCUACUCACUGUCCCAGUAGUGAUAGUCGGCGAUGCCUUCCAGUUACGCUCUAUGCACGAUCCUACCGCAAUGUAUGUAUGA